GUGAUUCGUUCAUUUGAAGAGGUCGUUCAUGAACGACUCACUGCCGCUUUUGAUUCUUUCUAAGUGUCAGAACUCUCAUACGGCACCGAGGCAGCAGCAGUCACUGAGAUUCAAUCAGAGCUGGAAAAAGAUUUACGACCAUUAUUAAAACAUCAUGGGCCGUAAAUUCUUGGAGAUAAUAAAACCAUUCUGUGCGGUGCUACCCGAGGUCCAGAAACCUGAAAGAAAGAUCCAGUUCAGUGAAAAGGUGCUAUGGUCGUCAAUUACUCUCUUCAUCUUUCUUGAGGGUUCCCAGAUUCCCAUCUUUGGCAUAAGGUCCUUAAACUCUGCAGAUCCAUUCCAUUGGAUGAGAGCCAUUCUGGCUUCAAAAAGAGGUACUCUGAUGGAGCUCGGUAUCUCACCCAUUGUCACCUCAGGCCUGAUAAUGCAGCUGCUGGCUGGAGCUAAGAUCAUUGAAGUUGGAGACACCCCAAAGGAUAGAGCGCUCUUUAAUGGAGCUCAGAAAUUGUUUGGGAUGAUCAUCACCAUCGGCCAGGCCAUUGUUUAUGUGAUGACUGGCAUGUAUGGAGAUCCAUCAGAGAUGGGUGCAGGGAUCUGUUUGCUCAUCGUCAUUCAGCUGUUUGUAGGAGGGCUGAUUUUGCGGCUCCUGGAUGAAUUACUUGAAAAGGGCUAUGGCCUUGAUUCUAGGACCCCCCUGUUCAUUGCCACCAAUACCUGUGGGACCAUCAUGUGGAAGGCCUUUAGUCCCACCACUGUGACCACAGGAAAUAACACAGAACAUGAGGGAGCAGUCAUCGCUCUUUUUCACCUCCUCGCCACGAGGACUGACAAAGUGUGGGCUCUCCAGGAGGCCUUCUGCAGGCAGAACCUCCCCAACCUCAUGAACCUCAUCACUACAGUGUCUGUCUUUGCUGUAGUUAUAUACUUGGAAAUGUGUUGCUUUCUUCUGUUUGAAGCUGGUGGCCCAGCCCGUAUUAAGCCUGUCCGAGGACUUUGCUACUACCUCUUUCCACCAGAGUCUUUUGGUUCUGUUCUAGAGGACCCAGUCCAUGCACUAAUUUACAUCUUUUUCAUGCUCGGCUCAUGUGCCUUUUUCUCCAAAACUUGGAUCGAAGUUUCAGGCUCUUCUGCAAAAGAUGUAGCGAAGCAGCUGAAGGAACAGCAGAUGGUGAUGAGAGGACACAGAGAAACUUCAAUGGUUCACGAACUGAACAGGUACAUUCCAACAGCUGCUGCCUUUGGUGGAGUUUGCGUCGGCAGUUUAACGGUGAUGGUGGACUUCCUUGGUGCCUUUUGCUCCGUCACCGAGAUGCUGAUAUAUGUCAGCAUCAUCCACCAGUACUUAACAAUCUUUGUGAAAGAACAAAUUGAAAAAUCCCAAGAGGAUGAAGAUAACGCCUCUUCAGCUGAACAUCCUCAAAACUCCAGAUAACUACCAAGACUUUCUGAAUAGCUUCUCGAAGAAAUCUCUUUUACUUUUUACAUGUUUUUCCGUAGACUGAGGAGCUAGCGCUUCAGAAUAUAAGCAUAAUUAGGAGGUGACUGCCAGCUGCCUGUGUUUAGUGAUAUGUCUUUGAUUAAACCUUAACUCUCAUCUUAGUUAUAUCUCUGUUAACCUGCCAAUCAGAAGCUGGCCUGUCAAGUGCUGAUUCAAAUACUGUAAAUGUUCCUUUGUGUAACCUUGAUUUGGACCUGAGGCCUCAGAGCUCACAUUGGGCUCCAGCCUCAGGAGGGGUGCUCUGAACACUCAUCCAUUAAGUGUUGGUUCUUGUUCUUUUAAUGUGUGGCAUUCAGGGAU